UCAACACAACCAAUCUGAUCAACUGUGCACUGAUUACAAGCAGUGAAAAAGUUGUAAACAUUGGUUUGUACUUGGAUGUUUUUACUCUGAAAUGAGAGCCCGUGCAUUUCUAAGAUGCGAAAAUGAAGAUUUUGGUCGCAGUGGUAUUACUAUGCACCACUUUUAACGAAAUCCGAGGUUUUCCGUGUACCUGCCCACCCCACUUGUUUUCCUGUGGGAAUUGUAUCUGUAUCCCAGAGAGAUGGGCGUGCGAUGGGGACAAUGACUGCCAGAACAACUAUGAUGAGGCGCAUUGUGUGACAGGGACGACGCCCACCUGUCCAGCCAAUCACUCCCCGUGUGACAAUGACAGGUGUGUGAGUAACGACUGGAUAUGUGAUGGGGACAACGAUUGUGGGGACAACAGUGACGAACUCAAGUGUACCAUGUCAACAGGCAGUUGUGAUGAGAAUGAGUUUCGCUGUGACAAUGGUGUAUGUAUCCCGACAGGAUGGAGAUGUGACCAUGACAAUGACUGUGGGGACAAUUCUGAUGAGAAAUGUUUGUCAGAGGUUAUGAUGUGUAGUAGCAAACAGUUUGCCUGUGGUGAUGGCUCCUGUAUUCCUCAGUCAUGGCGCUGUGAUAAAGACCCUGACUGCACUGACGGAGCCGAUGAGAAAAAGUGCAAUAGAGAGAAGUUGUUCUGUGGGAAGGACGAGUUCAAGUGUCUACAUUCCUUUACCUGUAUCCCAAAACGGAAAAAAUGUGACCUAAACAAUGACUGCGGAAACUGGGAGGACGAGGCUGACUGUGGUAAGUUGGCUUGUGCCCUGUUUUCUGAGUGUAAAGAUGGAGAGUUCCGCUGUAACGACACGAUGUGUAUUAACCAAGAAUGGCGAUGUGAUGGCGAUAUAGACUGUGAUGAUCGCUCAGACGAGGAUAACUGUAGCCUUUCCACAGUGUGUGAGACAGAUGAGUUUCGCUGUGACACAGGGUUGUGUAUACAGAAAAGAUUCCACUGUGACGGAAACUAUGACUGUCCAGACAACAGUGAUGAGCGGGGCUGUGCCAACAGUAAGGAGUGUGGGAAGAAGCAGUUCCAGUGUAUGAACCAUGACUGUAUAGCUGACAAGCUGGUAUGUAACGGCGUCGACGACUGUAACGACAACUCCGAUGAACGCAACUGUAACGAUGGGCACACGGGUGAUUGUGGGAUGGCACAAUUUUUAUGUAAAAAUAAGAAUUGUAUUGGAAGCAAGAAAGUGUGUAACUUUAUCAAUGACUGUGGUGAUAACUCGGAUGAGGAGGACUGUGAAUUCCCUGGAGACUGUCAUGUGAACAACGGUGAUUGCGAGCAGUUCUGCAUAAGUACCACUAAAGGACCACACUGUUCCUGUAAGCUAGGUUUCCAGCUGAAGGAGGACCGCCACACCUGUGAGGACUUAAACGAAUGUAGCUGGGAGGGUACCUGUAGCCAGAUCUGUCAGAACCAGCCGGGCUCCUACACCUGUCAGUGUGUGGAGGGGUACAAACUCAAACCAGACAAACGUGGCUGUAAGGCUAGAGGUGGAAAAGCAUACCUGAUAUUUGCUAACCGUGUAGACAUACGCAAGCUGUUGCCAGACCAGUCGGAAUUUGACUCCAUCUUAGAAGGCCUGCCUAAUGCCAUUGCUCUAGACUUCCAUCAUGAGAAAGGCCUUGUCUUCUGGUCUGAUAUUGCCCUGGAUAAGAUCAAACGAGCUUACAUCAACGGCAGUCAGAUCCGUGAUGUGGUCAAAUACGGGUUGGAGAGUCCGGGAGGGAUCGCAGUGGACUGGGAACAUAAUCUCCUGUUCUGGGCAGACUCAGGAACAUCCACUAUUGAGGUCACUGAUUUGGAGGGCAAAUACCGGAAGGUCCUUAUCUGGAACCAAAUGGAAAAACCACGAGCCAUUGUAGUCCAUCCUGGUCAGGGGUCAAUAUUUUGGACAGACUGGGGAAGUGUUCCUAAGAUAGAGCGUGGAAACAUGGAUGGGUCUGAGCGAAUGGUAUUAGCGAAUACAUCACUGUUUUGGCCCAAUGGUCUAACGCUCGACUAUGCCACAGACAAGCUCUACUGGGCGGAUGCCAAACACCAUGUCAUAGAAUGCUCAGACCUCUUCGGCAAGAACAGACGCACUGUUAUAAGCAGAGGUCUGCCCCAUCCCUUUGCCCUGACAUUGUUUGAGGAUGAGCUGUACUGGACUGACUGGCAUACCAAGAGUAUCAAUAAGGCAAACAAGUUCACUGGCAACGAUGUGGAAACAAUCCGCAAUCGUCUCCACUUCCCGAUGGACAUCCACACCUUCCAUCCACAGAGACAACCUAUGUUUGAGAACCACUGUGGAAGAAACAAUGGUGGAUGUAGUCAUCUGUGUCUGCCCAACCGCCAGGAUUACUCCUGUUCCUGUCCUACCGGUCAACACCUGUCCAAGGACAGACACACCUGUAUACAGUCCAUGGAGAAUUUCCUAGUGUUCUCAACGAGGUCAGACCUCCGGCGCAUCAGCAUGGACACACCAGACAAGACUGACGUGGUCAUCCCACUGGUGAACGUGGUCAGUGCAGUAGGGGUGGACUUUGAUGCUUCCCUAGAUAUGAUAUACUGGACAGACACCGGAACUGACACCAUCAGCAGGGCUCACUGGGACGGAUCCCAGGAAGAGGUGGUAGUUGGUAACUGCCUGGAGUUCCCCACUGGACUGGCUGUCGACUGGCUUGGCCGGAAGAUGUACUGGACAGACUCAGAACUGGAUGUCAUUGAAGUGUCCAACCUCAAUGGCACUGUCCGGAGUAUCCUCAUUUGGGAGCGUCUUGACCAACCUCGGGACAUCAUUGUUGACCCUAACAAAGGGUUUAUGUACUGGACUGAUUGGGGUAAGAAUGCCAAAAUAGAGAAGGCGGGCAUGGACGGCAAAGGACGUCAUGCUCUGAUUAGCAGCAACCUGACAUGGCCUAACGGUUUGGCUCUUGACCAGAAGAGAAACAGAAUCUAUUGGACAGAUGCUGGUCGCAAAAUGAUUGAAUCGGCCACGACGGAGGGACUGGAACGACAGGUGAUUAUUGCUGUGGACUUACCACGUCCCUUUGGUCUAGCACUCCAUAAUAACCAGAUUUACUGGACGGACUGGAUUGAUAAGGGCAUCCACAUGGCCAGCAAAUUUGACGGGUCUGGACGCCAGACUCUCCGUAGUAACCUUGGACAUGUCAUGGAUGUUCGUAUGUUCCACAAACCCAAACAGAAACGACAAACACCAUGCCAGGUGAACAAUGGAGGCUGCAGUCAUCUUUGUCUGAACAACGCCGAGCCGCAGCGAUACAGUUGUGCUUGUCCUACUGGUGUAGUAAUGAAAUCUGAUGGAAAAACAUGCGAAGAUGAUAUGACAAACUUCCUGAUAUUUGCACGCCGCACGGACAUCAGGAAAAUCUCUCUGGAAGUAGAAUACUUCGCAGAUGUCGUGAUCCCACUUGGAGAACUGAGGAAUGCCAUCGCAGUAGAUGUGGACUCAGUUCGAGGAAAACUGUAUUGGACGGACACAGUUCUGGACAAGGUCAUGCGGGGCAACCUUGACGGGUCACAAGUUGAGGAAGUCAUCCGAAAUGGCCUUGACACACCAGAUGGUCUGGCUGUGGACGAGGUGGGGGGCAAGAUAUACUGGACUGACACUGGCCUCAACAGGAUCGAGGUUGCCGAUAUUGAUGGUACAAUGAGGAAAGUUCUGUUUUGGAGGAAUAUAGACAAGCCUCGGGCUAUUACUCUCCACUACGAUGCUGGAUUCCUGUAUUGGACAGACUGGGGUAAGAACCCUAAGAUAGAAAGAGCAGAUAUGGAUGGUCAGAACCGAGUGACUGUUGUCAAGGACAGACUGGGCUGGCCAAACGGACUGGUCAUAGAUAGACCAACUGCCAGGCUUAUUUGGGCUGAUGCCAGGAUGGAAGUGAUCGAAAGUACAGAUCUACAUGGGCAGAAUAGGAGAGUACUGGUAUCCAAGAUCAAUCACCCAUAUGGACUGACCGUGUCUGGAAAUCAUCUUUACUGGACAGACUGGCUAAAGAUGGCCAUUUUCCAGGCAGACAAGGACAGUGGUCAGAACCAGACUAUACGACGCAGGAACAUGUCUGGCCUGAUGGACAUUCAUGCUGUUCAGCUCAAGAGAGGAGGUAAUGGUGUGGUAAACAAGUGUGGGAAAAACAAUGGUGGUUGUAGCCAUCUGUGCCUCCCCAACCCCCGGGGAUUCUCAUGUGCCUGUCCCACAGGCCUGCUCAUGAUGGAGAAUGGCAAAACAUGUAAUGCAAUGCCAAACAAGUAUUUACUGUUUGCGAGUCGAGGGAGUAUUCGACACAUCUCCCUAGAUACCACAGACUUGACAGAUGUGUAUCUUCCUAUGAAGGAUCUGCACAAUGUGAUCGCUUUGGAUUACGAUAAACAUGACAGCAAGAUGUACUACACAGAUGUGCACCUGGACGUCAUCAGGCGUUCUAACUUAGAUGGUACAGAGUCAGAGACCAUUGUAUCCAAAAAUUUAGAAACAACGGAUGGACUAGCUGUUGAUUGGAUUGGCCGCAAUCUUUUCUGGACAGAUACAGGGAGGGAUGUUAUAGAGGUGGCUUGGCUCGACGGUACCUACAGAAAAAAACUGAUCUACAAAAAUCUGGAUGAGCCUCGUGCUAUAGCACUGUUCCCCAGUAAAGGGCUGAUCUAUUGGACUGACUGGGGAGCUGAACCUAAGAUAGAGAAGGCUUUCAUGGACGGUACCAAUCGCUCCGUUAUCAUACGAUCCAGUCUAGGCUUCCCCAAUGGUUUGUCUAUUGACUAUUCUGCUAACCGACUGUACUGGGUGGACGCCAAACUUGACAAAAUAGAGACUUCAGACCUCGCAGGGGGAAAUAGAGUGACCCUCAUACAGCACAUCUCUCAUCCUUUUGGGCUUGUGGUGUAUGGUGAUCACAUAUACUGGACCGACUGGCAAACCGAGCUGAUCGAAAAAGCCAGCAAAUACACCGGCAAGAACCGUGAGGUCAUACAACAGAGUCUGGAGGGCCUCAUGGAUAUAGAGGUGGUGGCAGACGACAGACAGACAGGUGAGAAUGGUUGUUCCGACAACAAUGGUGGAUGUACACACCUGUGUCUGGCCAACCCGUAUGGGUACACCUGUGCUUGUCCGGAUAAAAAGGGCAGCAUCGCCUGUCUAAUGUAUCCCGUCAACAUCCAUGUCAAGCCAGAUACAGAUCCUCACGUUACCAAGCCGCCUGCAGAGUCCUGCUCUGACGAUGAUGUCACGCGUGGUCUGUGUGAUCAUGAUCAUAAGCAGACACCUUUAGAGACAGCAACAAGUCCAGCUGUUUCAGUGUCCAGUAUAUGGGUGAUUCUGGUGGUGGGUGUGGUCAUUGUCCUAGUGGCCAUAAUGGUCAUCGUGGUGGCUGGUCACAUCUACAAAAGACGUAAAAGACGGGCUUACAAUGUUGAUAAUGGGGAAUUUUUGGCACUCAACUUUGCCAACCCAACGUAUCAAAAGACGAGUACAGAGACCAUCAACUCUGUGUCAUCUACUUCCUCCCGGCUGUGGAGAAUCUUUCGCUUUAAUAAACAUCGUGAUCAGGUUCAGUUUUUGGAAUCAUCACAUGAAAAUGGACUAAAUAAUUCUGAGACGUGUAUUUUAGUUCGUCACAGAGAGGGUGGUGGUCACGUAUCACAACCCAUGGCCAUGUCGGUCAACAGAAGCUUAUUUAAAGCUAAAUCUUCCAAUCAGUGCAAAGAACAGAAAGCAAAUGUUCCCUAUCUCCCAGUGGACACGUGAGAAAAGUAGCACCAUGCGGCAUCAGGCUCGUGUGGUGCGGACACAAAUACAGGACAAUUCAGGGUCCUCUCAGGGCCUGUCAGCAAAGAGCAUUUAUAUCAUUUGAUGUGCUCUUUCAGGGCCAGAAAUGUAAACCAUGUGAUGACAUAUAUGGAUUACGGGUUCUUUCAGGCUCAGACGAUACACUCUGUGAUGUGGGCACCCAUGGGUUAAGGGAUCUUUUACGGCCAGACAAAUAUAACUAUGUGAUGUUGGCACCCUUUUAUUAAGGAACCCCUCAUGGCCAGACAAAUGAACUGUUUGAUGCGGGCACCCAUGAGUCAAGGAUCUUUCACGGCCUGACAAAUAUAACUAUGUGAUGUUGGCACCCUUUUAUUAAGGAACCCCUCAUGGCCAGACAAAUGAACUGUUUGAUGAGGGCACCCAUGAGUUAAGGGAUCUUUCACGGCCAGACAAAUAUAACCAUGUAAUGUUGGCACCCGGCCUUUUAUUAAGGAAUCCCUCAGGGCCAGACAAAUGAACUGUUUUAUGUACGUAUGCGCCCAUGGAUUAAGGGAUCUAUAGGCUUAGACCAAUAAACCAAGCGAUGCUGGCACCCAUGGAUUAAGGGAUCUCUCCAGACCAGAAAAGUGUUAAUGUUGGGAUCGACAGCAUGGUAUAUUGGUUGUUAAACUUCUCGAUUAUAGACAUAAAAAAUCUAACUUAAUAAAUCUUUUCAACAAGUAAACCAUGAGAGAAAAGCAUUUCGAAUUUUCAUCAUAAUCUAUUAAAGCCAUAUUUAUUAUUCACGACCAAGUGACCAGUCUUCUAUAACAGCUAUAAAAGGUCAGAAAUAAUGUACAGUGUUAUAUAUAAUAACAACAUAUGUACAGUUCCCUAUAAAUGGCAUGAUCACUUUGUGGUAAUAUGUAAGGGAUGUGUGUGUGUUGUACAAUGUGUAUAUGGAGUCGGAGGAUUAUUGAAUGAAUGAUCCGUUUCAAUGGUAAAAUCAUUAAAGGUUGUCCUUAAACAGGUGCUUAUCACUGAUAGCCAACUACACUCGUGUUUUAUCGCUUUCUCUUUGUCAAAUGACGAUAUUAAAGGAUUGUGACGUGAAUACCGACAUACAGGUUAAUGUUAUGUCACAGGUAUUAUGAGAUCAUCUUGACAUCUUCAAUUCAGGUUAUUAUUAACUACUUAUUUAUGCAUUACUAUGUCAGUCAACCAAGUGGUGCAUCUAAAUCUGUCAUGUGACCAUUUAAUUGGUCAUGUGAUCAUGUUAUAUUACUGUCAUGUGAUUUCACUGGUCCAUAAACAUGUAUCGUGGUACUAUAAACUAACAUUUCGAAACAAGUUAAAAAAGGAUAAUGGAUGUGACAUCAUUUAGUUAGGAAGAAAAAAUGAUUUGAGAUAUAUAAAAUAAUUUAAAUCAUCUAUUAUUUGAAACCCUGAUUACAGUACAAAGGUUUUAGUGCAGUUAAAUUUCAUGCAGCUUGAAACCUGGUGAUAUCCAGUUGUUGCAUGACCCAAGUGAUUCAUUUAAAGGGCAAGAUGAUGUGUGUUCAUGUUGUCUAAAUUUCCUUGUGGCAGCUUUGAUUUCAUUGACUAAUUUUGUAUUGAAAUUAGCCAAUUAAAUCCUGCAAAUGUUGUGUAUUAAAAUGAAUAUUUAAAUGAACUAUGUCUUAAUUAAAACUUAUUGUUAAAUUGUGCAUUUUACUUGUGUUAAGUCCAGGUGACCUUGUUUAAAGCAGGGAGUGGUAACACGAAAAAGUCUUAAUUGUAUUCUUAAGGAUCCCAGUACCAAAAACUGUACCUAGAAAACCAUAUGUUACAGGACGAAAUAACAAAGUUCAACCAACCACAGUGGACAGAGUGUAUAAAUUAAGGGGUGCCAGACAAAGAUUCCAACCCUUGACUUCAGGUUGAUGUACAGUACUAUCGCUCUGACCGUUUGUGCUACUUAGUCGACGGAAGAGCCAUUGUCCAGCUGUGCUACAGUUGUUGCCAUAACAGAAGUUAGGGGAGGUCACUGUCCAUAACCCUUUCACCCCUAUGUAACUUUAGUAGAAUCUACCAUGCAUUGAUCUGGAUGAGUCCAUUAUGGUCUGCAGUGGUGAAAGGGUUAAGGGGAAAGGUAUGUUUCUCCUCUUAUGACUCCUAUCAGUAACAUCUAAACAGGGAAUAGACUUAAUACCAAGCCUGGGUUGAUUAUUAGUAAAAAUAUCUCAUUUUUUUACAUUAAUGAACUAUUUAUUAUCAAGUGAUAUUUGUUCAGAAAACAGUUAUAACAUUAUUGUUCUAACAUAUAACAUUUUUAUUGCAAAUGUACAUAAACAUAAAUAUUUCAUCAUCCAAUACACAGGAAUACAUUGUUUCUGAAAUACAAGAUAUAGACUAAAGGCAAGUGAUUUGCUGGUCACAUAGUACAUGUACAUAAGGGAGGGUUUGUAUACUUCCAGUGAUAAUUAACGUUCAUCAUUAAUAAGCUGUAAUUUUGUAUGGAUAUGGAUGAAACUUUACAGCCAUCAAGAAACGGGUAUCAACUGACAUUUGGGUUACAGCCAAUUAUUGUUACAUCAAAUUAUUGAUGGUUAGUGGAAAUAUACAUAUACUUACCCAAUGAUGUGACAGACAUGUACGUAUGUUAUACCUGGUCAAAUCUGGAAAGAAGAGUAUCUUGUAACCAUUGUAUGUAGAAAGCUGAUACCAACUGCUAUCAACAUAAUUUGCCACCCCACUAACCACCAAUGAAUGUCAAUUAAGUUCCCUUUUUCCUUGAUAAUUCCAUUAUGGCGCUUUCUUGGCUUGUUGUCAAACUCCUUCAUAAUGCUGAAAUGUCACUGGACAAAUGUUUACAGUGCAACACAGUGUUACUCUAUUUCUUAUGAAACUUCCCUGAAAUAACAAUAUUUAUGAAAAAAAUCUUAACACUCUUUUGGGUCAAAUGAAACUAUUUAAGAACAUUAAAAUGUGAAAAAGUGUUUAAUUUUCCAUAAAUAGUUUCUAAACCAUUGGAAUAAGUUUUAAAAUGGUUCCAUCAGACACUUAUUGCACUAAAGAAGAUUUAUUGAUCCAGUCAUGUAUUUUAAAUGCAUGCACUAUAUAUAGAUAAGAUACAAAUUCACACACACAGAACGUUUGCUGCCAAAAUCUAUAAUUUUAAACUCAGGUACUUCAAACUGCAUUAUCUUUUAAUUUGUAAAUUCCAAUUAAGGAACAUUUCGCCUUUAAUUAAAAUGUUUUUCAGUCACUGGACAGCUUAUUCUAAUUGAUAUGUUGAAUAGUCUAUUUAUUGCUUAUGUUUUUCAUGACUUUUAAGUUGUCUGCAAGAAUGAUUCUGAAUGAAUACAGUUAUUUUGUGGAUGUUUUUCAUUUUUCACAUUAGAUAUUGUAUUUAUUAUACAGAAGGUAUAGGAUUUUACUACCAUUAACUGAAACUUUUAUCAAUACAUUUACAUGUUGUUAAUUAUGUAUUUUUUAAAAAGUAAAAAUUAUCAUGACAGACAGUUUUAAAUUUUAUUCCUAUUUCUCUUUUUGGUGUUUUUGAGGAUAUUUAGUUCAAUGCUGGCUGUGGUUUACCAUGGUAUUUUCAUUACAAUUUUUAGUGCAAUAGUGAUCUUUUUGACUGGUAAUGAUAAAAACAAAUAAUUGUUCUUUGAUUUUUGUAGAUGUGUUAGUGGAUAGCUGUAGGGUCAUCGCAACUAUUUCAUUUUAUCGUCAAUGCAUCAGGGUCAUGUGAUCAUAGCAUCAGUGUCAUGUGAUCAUAGCAUCAGUGUCAUGUGAUCAAAACAUCAGUGUCAUGUGAUCAUAACAUCAGUGUCAUGUGAUCAUGACAUCAGUGUCAUGUGAUCAUAACAUCAGUGUCAUGCGAUCAUAGCAUCAGUGUCAUGUGAUCAUGACACCAUGGUCAUGUGCUCAUAGCAUCAGUGUCAUGAAAUCAUAACAUCAGUGUCAUGGGAUCAUGACAUCAGUGUCAUGUGAUCAUGACAUCAGUGCCAAGUGAUCAUAGCAUCAGUGUCAUGUGAUCAUAGCAUCAGGGUCAUGUGAUCAUAGCAUCAGUGUCAAGUCAUCAAAACAUCAGUGUCAUGUGAUCAUAACAUCAGUGUCAUGUGAUCAUAACUUCAGUGUCAUGUGAUCAUGACAUCAGUGUCAAGUGGUCACACCUUCAUUGCAAGGCGAUUAAUUUUUUAUUCUUUUUAUUUAUAAUAGAUAUUGGAAUACAUUUACCAUUUGAUAUUAAGUGACAAAUUGGGUUUAGUGAGACUACAAUAGCCUGAUGGCUAUUAAAUGUAGUAUGUACAUUUUGAAUAAGAAUACUUCGUGCACUCAAAAAUCAUGUUUACAGUCCACAACCCAUCUCUAUAGGGAAUAUUUGUCAACCCUUCGUAUUUGUAUUUAAUUAGCUCAUAAUGACAGAACUCCUAAAUACUAAAUUAUUGGUCUAGAAUAAACAAAAAAUAUUGCAUCUUGUCAUAUUUUUUGUUUAAAAGUUUGACUAUAAUUGUUAUUACAUAUUGAUAUUGUAUUCAAACGUGCCAUUAUUAUUCCUUUUUUUUGAGUGUCUAUUGUUUACAUUAUUAUGCCUGUUAGGACAUUGUAACUGAAUGACUGGUUUGCAAGUUCUUAUGCCUCAUACUUUUACAUUAUACAGUGAAACUUACAUUUUAUUAGUUUAUUCAGUUGAUGCAGUGUUGUAUUGAUAAAAGGAAACCUUUUAUUUCACUUUUUGGCUCCCUUGCACAUUUUUUCUCAAAUUUGUUUUAUGAAUUGCGUCAGCAAGAAGAGUUAAAGAUGUACAAGUUUCUGCAUUUUCACUGAUUCUUAGGUAUGUAUAAAACUUGAUAAGGCCAUACAAUAUAUAUAUAUGUCAGCAUUUCUUUGGCGUGCGAUCUGCAGGGAAGGUCAAGGUUAGAUACUGUUGAUCCAAUGUCAGAGUGAUACGCCCCAGUGACUUUGUACAUACUCUGUGAUUAUUAAAUUUGUAAUGAAGACAGAA